AACAAGAAAAACCAAAAAAAUAUUUUACCAUUUUUCCCCUGGCCGAACCCGAGUUGAAGGAACCUGAAGGCGCUUCUCACUCCUUACAAUGGAAAACUGAAAAAAAAAAAAAAAUUACUGUUUUCUCCAAAUACCCAUUUGCUUCUUUUUGCUUAAUCUUUAUAUUUUAACUUCUAUACAUUUCUCAGAAUGACGGAUAUCAGUUUGCAAGAGAUCAAGAAUGAGAACAUUGAUCUUGAGCGUAUUCCCGUUGAGGAAGUGUUUGAACAGCUGAAAUGCUCCCGAGAGGGUUUGUCCUCAGAGGAGGGGCGUCAGAGGCUCCAACUCUUUGGCCCAAAUAAGCUUGAAGAGAAAAAAGAAAGUAAAUUUCUUAAGUUUUUGGGCUUUAUGUGGAAUCCACUUUCAUGGGUUAUGGAAGCUGCAGCUAUUAUGGCAAUAGUGCUUGCCAAUGGAGGGGGACAACCACCGGACUGGCAAGACUUCGUGGGGAUUACUGCGUUGCUUAUUAUCAAUUCAACAAUUAGUUUUAUAGAGGAAAACAAUGCAGGCAAUGCUGCAGCUGCACUUAUGGCAGGACUUGCACCAAAAACCAAGGUUCUUCGAGAUGGAAGAUGGUGUGAAGAAGAGGCUGCAAUCUUAGUACCAGGAGAUGUUAUCAGCGUUAAGUUGGGAGAUAUUAUUCCAGCUGAUGCUCGUUUGUUGGAAGGUGAUCCUCUGAAGAUUGAUCAGUCAGCACUUACUGGUGAGUCUUUGCCGGUUACUAAGAACUCUGGUGAUGAAGUGUUUUCUGGUUCCACUGUCAAGCAAGGUGAGAUCGAGGCUGUUGUAAUUGCCACUGGUGUCCAUACCUUCUUUGGGAAGGCUGCUCAUUUGGUUGAUAGCACAAAUCAAGUGGGACACUUCCAAAAGGUUUUGACUGCCAUUGGAAACUUCUGUAUUUGCUCGAUCGCCCUGGGGAUGGUGAUAGAGAUCGUAGUGAUGUAUCCAAUUCAACAUCGUAGAUAUAGAGAUGGGAUUAACAAUCUCUUGGUGCUUCUCAUUGGAGGGAUUCCAAUUGCCAUGCCAACAGUGUUGUCAGUUACAAUGGCUAUUGGUUCUCAUAGGCUAUCCCAACAAGGUGCCAUUACAAAGAGAAUGACAGCCAUUGAAGAGAUGGCUGGGAUGGACGUACUUUGCAGUGAUAAGACAGGAACACUAACUCUCAACAAGCUUACUGUUGAUAAAUCCAUGAUUGAGGUGUUCGUAAGAGAUGUAGACAAAGAUAAUUUGGUUCUGCUUGGAGCUAGAGCUUCCAGGGUUGAGAAUCAAGAUGCUAUUGAUGCUUGCAUUGUUGGAAUGCUUGGUGAUCCUAAGGAGGCCAGAGAAGGCAUUAAAGAAGUCCAUUUCUUGCCCUUCAACCCAGUUGACAAGCGUACAGCUAUUACAUAUAUUGACAAUGAUGGCAACUGGCAUCGAGUUAGCAAAGGAGCACCGGAGCAGAUUAUCGAACUUUGCGACCUCCGAGAUGAUAUCAAGAAGAAGGCUCAUUCAAUCAUCGACAAAUUUGCCGAUCGUGGUCUUCGUUCACUCGCUGUUUGCCGACAAACCGUUCCAGAGAAAACCAAAGAGAGUGCUGGAGGACCAUGGCAAUUUGUUGGUCUGUUGCCUCUCUUUGAUCCCCCAAGGCAUGACAGUGCAGAGACAAUUCGAAGGGCACUAAAUCUCGGUGUCAACGUUAAGAUGAUCACUGGUGAUCAAUUGGCAAUUGGAAAAGAAACAGGGCGUAGACUUGGAAUGGGCACGAACAUGUACCCAUCUUCCUCACUUCUUGGACAAAGCAAGGAUGAGUCAAUUGCUUCUUUGCCUGUUGAUGAGCUCAUUGAGAAAGCUGACGGAUUUGCAGGAGUCUUCCCUGAACACAAAUAUGAAAUUGUGAGGAGGCUUCAAGAGAGGAAGCAUAUUUGUGGAAUGACAGGAGAUGGUGUGAAUGAUGCUCCAGCUUUGAAGAAAGCAGACAUAGGAAUUGCAGUUGCUGAUGCAACUGAUGCUGCAAGAAGCGCUUCUGAUAUAGUCUUGACAGAGCCAGGAUUGAGCGUAAUCGUGAGCGCUGUUUUAACAAGCAGAGCCAUUUUCCAAAGAAUGAAAAACUACACCAUUUAUGCAGUCUCAAUCACCAUCCGUAUUGUACUUGGAUUUUUGCUAAUUGCACUCAUUUGGAAAUUUGACUUCUCCCCUUUCAUGGUUUUAAUCAUAGCCAUUCUCAAUGAUGGUACCAUCAUGACCAUCUCUAAAGAUAGGGUAAAACCCUCUCCUCUUCCUGAUUCAUGGAAGCUACGUGAGAUCUUUGCAACUGGCAUUGUCUUGGGAUCAUACUUAGCUGUUAUGACCGUUGUUUUCUUCUGGAUUGCUAACGCUACUGAUUUCUUUACGGACAAAUUUGGUGUACAUUCUAUUAGAGGAAGUGGUGGUGAGCUCACAGCAGCUGUGUAUCUUCAAGUCAGUACAGUAAGUCAAGCACUCAUCUUUGUGACAAGAUCUCGAAGCUGGUCGUUUAUCGAACGCCCUGGUCUGCUCUUAGUGUUCGCUUUCUUUGUAGCACAACUGGUGGCUACCUUGAUUGCUGUGUACGCCAACUGGGGCUUCGCUGAUAUGAAAGGAAUUGGGUGGGGAUGGGCAGGAGUUAUCUGGAUUUACAGCGUAGUCUUCUACAUUCCUCUUGACGUUCUCAAGUUUGCCACUAGAUAUGCUUUGAGUGGCAAGGCUUGGAAUAACAUGAUCCAAAAUAGGACUGCUUUCACAUCAAAGAAGGAUUAUGGCAUUGGCGAGAGGGAGGCUCAAUGGGCUGCAGCUCAACGUACCCUCCAUGGCCUACAGCCUCCUGAAACAUCUGACCUCUUCAAUGACAAAACCAACUACAGGGAGCUGUCCGAAAUCGCCGAGCAAGCCAAGAAGCGUGCUGAAGUCGCCAGGUUGAGGGAGCUUCAUACAUUGAAAGGACAUGUUGAAUCAGUGGUGAAACUAAAGGGAUUGGAUAUUGAAACUAUACAACAACACUACACUGUUUGAAGAUGAAGAUGAAUGGUAAAGAGAAAUUUGAGGCGGCGGAAAAGGUGACCGCCGGCGACAGCAACAAGACGUAGAAAUCAUAAAAGAAACAACAACAACAAAAAUGAGAUAUUUCUUUCUUUUUUUUUUCUUUUUUCAUAUUAUUUGAUUCAUUGAUGAUUGGUUCAAUCACAUUAGGCUGUGUCUUGUUGUUUGAUUUUUGUAGUAGGAAAGUAGAGUAAUGGCAAUAAGUCGCCAGCACGUGUGAUUGUGAAUUUCCAAUCCUAUGUUGGUGUCAUCCCGACACGUUUCAUCGGAUAGGGUCUUAUUAUUCCA